AUGAGUGAUCAGCAGAUGCACUCAACUGGGUCUGAACUGCCUAUUGAAGGCCCUCCACUCAAGAAACCCUGCAUGCUUGAUACGCCACCCGUCGCAACAACUCCAGACGAUGGUAGCGAUUUCUACAACACACCCUUGCCUUCGGGGACUCCGGUGCCGAGUACGAUGGCCGAUGACUCCACACCUGCUACUGAAGCCACUCCUCCCGUACCACCAGUCCCAACGAUCCCGGGACUGGGCCUGAUCAGCAACCCCAGCAACCCCAGCGACCAGCAAACCCCGCCAACCCAGCAAGUCAAGACCGAGGAAGAGCCGCAAAUUCCUGCUGUGGAGUUGGAGAAGAAUGAAUCAAUGGUCAAAUCCGAGGACAACAACACAGCGCUCAAGCAAGAGUCUGUGGAAACCGCAGUCAAUCAGGCCGCCGGCGAUGAAGCACCCGCAACCACUGGGGAGGCAAUGGAGGUGGACCAAAAGCCCGAGCAAAGCAACCUGGAUGCCAGCAGUGGGCUGAUCGAAAACAACACAAAAGAGGAUCAAGGGGAGGAAGAACACCCUGAAUGGGAGGUCGAUUCAUCUCCAUACGAGUCUUCCUCUGACAGCUCCUCCGACUCAGACGACAGCAGCGAGGACGAAGACUACCCCAUUCUCACCCCCGAAGAGCAGGAGAAGGCAAGGGCAAGUCGGGGAGGAUACAUUCGUUCUACCAACGAGGUUGUGGAGGAUGUGCUGCCAAUCCCCGAUGUUACGAUCACACCCGAAAUGCCCAUUGUACUACUGGGGAAACUCAAAACUCUCAUUGAGAAUGCCGCUCUUAUCGAGGCCAACACUUCGGGAGAGUAUCAAGUCCUGGAGUCGGGCUCAUUGCUUUGCUCAGAAGAUCGCAAGGUUCUUGGCGUUGUUGCCGAAACCCUCGGCAGAGUCGAGAAUCCUCUGUACACUGUCAUGUACGCAACUGCCGCCGAGCCCGCGGAGCGAGGUAUCUCUAAGGAUAUGACUGUUUACUAUGUUCCGGCCCACUCAACAUUUGUUUUCACGCAGCCCCUAAAGGGUCUGAAGGGAAGCGAUGCGUCUAACUUCCACGACGAGGAGAUCGCAGAUGAAGAGAUGGAAUUCUCCGACGACGAAGCGGAGGCUGAAUACAAGAAGAGACUGAAGCAGAAGCGCCAGGAAAGAAAGGAUGCUAGAGAUGGCGGCGGUGGACGUGGAAAGAAAGGACCCGCAGGUCCCUCCAAGUUAAGCCACACCGAACUUAACUAUGACGAUGCAGGGGGUGAAGAUGGAUACACACCCCUUGCCCGACCUAAGAACUAUCACGAAAUGAUGGGAGCUCGAGAGGCACCAGUUGAGGGCGCCGAGCGAGCAUCUGGAUUCCGUGGAGGCAGAGGUCGCGGACGGGGCUCUGACCGCGGUCGGGGUGGUCGCGGACGAGGCAAUGGAGGCCGAGGAGGAGGCUCGUACGAACGUGACCAGGAUCGUCGUCCUCAGAACCAGCAAGGAAACAGUUCGCAGUAUACACCUGCAGCACCUCAAUACCAGCCUGCUGGAUAUGGCCAACCGGCAUAUCCUCAGCAGCAACAGCAGCAACAGCAGCAACAGCAGCAACAGCCCGCCUUCGGAAUGCCCCAGGCUUUCGCUCCGUACCAGCAGUAUGCGCCCCAACAGCAAGCACAGCUUCCUCAAGGCGCAGCUCCAGGACAGUUUCCUUUCCAAUUCCCCUUCCAGCAACCUUUCGCCCAGCCGAAUCCUUUCCAAUCUAUCCCUCCUGGUGCGCAUAUCAAUCCGCUCUUCUUGGCUGCAUUGCAACAACAGCAACAAUAUCAGCAACCCCAGCAGCAGCAAUAUCAGCAGCCUCAACAGCCUCAGCAAUAUCAACAGCCCCAGCCGGGCCAACAAGGUGCCCCCCAGGGACAACAAAACCCUGCAAUGAACUUUGACCAAGUCAAAGCUCAGCUGGAUCUUCUACGGAAUCUGAGCAACAACCAAGGGCCGCCUCCCUCUUGA